GUUGCUUUUCGGCCUCCGCUUGUCUUUCCACUCCUACAUCUUACCUGAUACCAAUCCCCCAUUCUGUUCCAGCUUCUCUAUAAUAUCGCGCGUCUGGACGGAUCUCUUUUGGAUAACCGUUUCAAUCUCCGAUCCCAUUCGAAUCAACCGUGACUGUUCGUGUCGGAUCCAAACUGUCGGAGUAUCUGCGCACCCCCCACCCACUGCGCCCAUCAUGAUGCACCCGUCGAGACAGGCGUACGUGGAGGAAGCUGAGGACACGGACAUGGGCAUUGACUUGGCGAACAUCCCCGUCGACCGCAAUUAUGACCUCCCCUCCGCCGCAGCGGGCAUUCCCGCCGAAAGAGCGUCAGCCAUCUUGUCACAGUUUGAAAGGAAGCGAAGAGCCGCAGCCAUGGCCGUCCCGACGGAUGAUGGCCGGGUGCGCGCACGACUACGCGAACUGGGCGAACCGAUUACAUUGUUUGGAGAAGGCCCUGCAGAUCGAAGAGACCGACUGCGGGAAUUGUUGACCGAUCUGGCAGAACGACAGGAAGCGGCCGCGGCAGAGGGCGAUGUGGAAAUGAUGGAGGCCAUGGGUGAAGGCGAUGAAGAGGAGGCAGAGCAGCAGGAGGAAUUUUAUACGGAGGGCACCAAUGAGCUCUUGCAGGCCCGGAAGGACAUUGCACGUUUCUCGUUACCUCGCGCAAAGGCGCGUGUGGCCCGACUGAAGGAGGAAUCGACCAUACCUCUACGGACGCAUAUCAAGCAUCGGAAGGCGAUCAAGGAAAAGCUACACAACUUCGAUCUGUAUGGGUCCCAGAUUGCGGGCGACCGCCCCGUCAGUAUCUGUCGAUUCUCUCCCGACGGGCAAACUAUUGCAACCGGUAACUGGGGCGGUGGCAUUCGCUUGCUUACAGUGCCUAACCUUGAAGAGAAGCUGUCACUCCAGGCACAUAAUGAUCGGGUCGGUGGGCUUUCAUGGUUUCCCGGAGCUACGCUGCCUACGUCGAAUGUGUCGGAGUCAACGGUGAAUCUGGUGUCGGGAGGAGGUGAAGGAAAUGUCCGCCUGUGGUCUCUAGACAAGGAUCAGCCCUUGGCGACGCUAUCUGGCCACAGCGGUCGUGUCUGCCGAACAGAAUUUCACCCAUCCGGCCGAUAUGUUGCCUCUGCUUCUUACGAUACCACCUGGCGGCUGUGGGACGUCGAAACUACGGCCGAGCUCUUGUUGCAAGAAGGACAUUCCCGUGAGGUGUACACAGUCGCAUUCAACAAUGACGGCUCGCUCCUGGCGAGUGGCGGAUUGGACAGCAUCGGCCGGAUCUGGGAUCUCCGGACUGGCCGCACGGUUAUGAUUCUGGAGGGGCAUAUUCGGGAGAUCUUUGGAAUGGAUUGGGGCGUGGAUGGUUACCGAGUGCUGUCCGGUUCGGGCGAUGGCUGGGUUAAGUGCUGGGACUUGCGUCAAGUUCGGAAUAGCGGUGGCAUUGGAGCGCAUAAGAGCGUGGUGUCCGAUCUCCGAUGGUACAAGGGCGCGGAGGCAGACUCAUUCCUUCCCUCUGCGGAGGGCCGCAUGGACGUUGACGGGGCCACACCAACGGAUGAAGCGCCGGCGCCUGUGCAGCCCAAGAAGUCAGGCACCUUCUUUGUGAGCAGUGGCUUUGACAAGAACGUGAAUAUCUUUAGCGCGGAUGACUGGUCGUUGGUGAAGACGUUGAGUGGACAUGCAGGCAAUGUCCUCAGCACCGACAUCAGCGCCGAUGCCCAGUGGAUUGCCAGUUGUGGACAUGACCGGACGGUGAAGCUCUGGGGAGUUGAAUGAUGUACAUGUACUAUAGAAAAUCAAGUGAUAAUGACUGCCCAUGAAUUGCACCUUGUGA